AUCCUCCGUUCUCUCCUGCAUACUGUUUUCCCCAUCUAGUGCUGGGGGACCUCCGGCAUGCUAGGUGAGGUCACUCCAUUGACCUGCACCACUAGCCCUCGUAGGGAACUGAAGAGAUAUAAGGUACCCAGGGAGGCCAGAGAGUGUCAGCUCCCUCAGAUCUGGUGGCACAGAGAGCUGUGAGUGUUGGGAACCACAAGUGAUCUUCACCGCUGACCUAUCUCUCAAUUUUGGACUUUUUUGUUUGAGACAAGGGUCUCACUGUGUAGCCAUGGCUGGCCUGAAACUCACUAUGUGGAUCCCACUGAUCCUGAACCCACGGAUAUCUACAGGCCUCUGUCUCCUAAGUGCCACCACACCCAGCUCGAAGUCCCACAGUGACAGCUGUCUCUCUAUUGAUCUCUUGUCAUUAUCAGGUUUGAUGGAUUGAGCAUCACUGAACAUCUCUUCCAACCACCCUGGGAGAAGAGGAGGCACACACAGGACCCUUGAGGAAGCUGGGUGGUACAGCCUCGGGAAAGGAUAGCCAGUCCAGCCUCAGUAUCUUGUCUCCGGACAACUGUCUGGUUCUUUUCUCUGGUCUCUAUCUGGUUCCCUUAUUUGUCCUUCCCAGCUCAGUCUUACCUCUGGUCUCAUGCCCCACCCAAGGCCAGGUGGGCACAGAUCUCUGUCAUUGGCUGAAACUAGAAUGAGUCACUAUUUCUGUUCCCUGCUGCCAAGCUUCUGGAGAUGGCCAACGGGGUUGGGGGAAGGGGAGUGAUGGAGGUGGUUGGAUGGGGCACACACACACACACACACACACACACACACACACACACACACACCCCUCCUCCCAUCUGUCUGUCUGUCUUUUUCUCAGCUCUCCAGGAGACUCAAAUUGCUGGGAUGCUAUCAGAGGACUUCCUAGAAGGAGAAGGUGCUGGAACUCAGGCAGCCGAGAGAGCUGGGAGAAAAACAGAGGUAUAGCUUCUGCACACUCUGUGGCUGACCUGGGAAGACCCUGAUCACAGCUUCACUCGUGGCAAAAGUGAAGGUUGGCAUGCUGCUGGUGCCCUGCUCUGUCCCCAACUCUUCUCCCGUCUAACUUCCUCUCCCUUCUGUCCCAUUCCUCAUCCUCAAACUUGGAACAUUCUAGCCCACUCCUCCGAGCAGGUGAGCUGGGCUGUUCCAGGGAGACGAGGAGCAGAGGAAGCAACAGUGGCCAUAAAGAAGUAGAUCAAGUCUUUGCCCUAGAGAUGGUGACUUUUGAUCUUCGCUUCGUAUAGCCAGAAGGAAAGCAGAGGGUAUGAACAAAGGGACACACAUUCUAGGUAGAAGGAAAAGCCUAGAGGUAGACGAGGCUGACAGGGGCAGACCAGGGCCAGUGGGUGAGCGGAGACAGUGGGGGCAGGUUUUGGCAUCUUCCAUUUUAGUGGAGAAACUAGGAAGGUUUAAACCUGAGUGAAGUCUGGUUUGAAAUGAUCUCUCAAGGAUGCUAUGAGUUUGUGGUCCUUGCUACUUGGGAUGCUGAGGCAGGAGGAUUACUUGGGAGGCUAGUGCAUGCAAUCUAGUGAGAUUUCAUCUCAGCAGCAGCAGCAGCAGCAGCAGCAGCAGCAACAAACAAAACAAGACGAAACAAAACAACAACAACAACCAGCCCCCUGGUUGCUCAGUGGUAAAGACACUGUACCUCAGAGUUGGGGUGUGGAGGAACCAGAGGUGAUGGGACACAGAGGGGUUUAAACCUAGGGAUAGGUUCCUUGAAGAUGGAGGUUCCUCAGCUCACAUGGACCAUACAUUCUUUUUUUUUUUAAAAAAAUUUAUUUAUUUUAUUUACAUGAGUACACUGUAGCUGACUUCAGACACACCAGAAGAGGUCAUUGGAUCCCAUUACAGGUGGUUGUGAGCCACCAUGUGGGUGCUGGGAAUUGAACUCAGGACCUCUGGAAGAGCAGUCAGUGCUCUUAACUGCUGAGCCAUCUCUCCAGUCCGGACCAUACAUUCCUACACAGGGAGGACUCCUGUCAUUACUAACACUCAGCCAUUCCUCCAAGGGGAAGGAAGGCCUUUGUCCAAGAAGGAUGGCCAAUAUCAGUCUCCAGAGUACCCGGCUUGCUCUCCCACUGUCCUCCCUAGGUGUGGCUGGCCAUGCUCACCUCUUGUCAUCUGCAGACAGGGAUGGAGCCUCUGGGUGGUCUAGCACUCCUGGCCAGGUACCUAGGGACCCAGAGAUGCUGGCACAGGGACUCUGUCUCCCUGCCUUGCUUUCUUCUUUUCUUUUCUUUCUUUCUUUCUUUUUUUUUUUUCUGGAGCUGGGGACCGAACCCAGGGCCUUGUGCUUGCUAGGCAAGCGCUCUACCACUGAGCUAAAUCCCCAACCCCACCUGCCUUGCUUUCUUGACACGGUGACAAGGAGAAGAAUGAUGGAACAGAAGCCACAAGAAGACAGUAUUGGAAGGGAUGCUUAAUGAUAUCUGUCUACCAUCCAUGCUGGGAACAUCUGGGGACAGCAGUGGCAUUUAUUGACAAUGGAGGAGAUGUGGGCGUCGUGCUGACUGCCUGCUGCCAGGCUCCCAUACCCACACAGGCGUGUGUGUGUGUCUGUGUGUGUGUGUACAAAGCAAUUGUGUGUAACCACACAUGUGCAUGUAAGUGUGGAAUCUAUGUAAUUCUGUAUAGAUGAUUAUGUCUAACUAUGUGUUUGUGUGUAUCUGUCUGUGUGUGUGUAUGAGUGUAUCUGUUAGGUGUCUGUGUAUGUGUGUAAAACUGUGCUUGUGCCUUUAGUGUGUCUGUGUAACCAUGUGUGUCCAUUUGAAUGUGUCCCUAUAAAUGUGUGUGCAUGUGUGUAACCAUCCAUGAUGUGUUUGUAGCCCUGUGUAUGUGUGUUGGUGUGUGUGUGUGAAUAGUAAUGUAUCUGUGUCCAUGUGAGUGUGUCUGUGAAACCAAGUGCAUGCCUGUGAGUAUGUAUGUGACCAUGUGUGCACAUGUGAGGUGUUUCAGGAUCUCUAUAGCUUCUUUAGGAGCAGACUCUGGGACCUGCUGUGACCCUGUGACACUCCCCCCAGCCCCCUCCAGCCUGUCAGCUUACAAGCUAAUUCCUAGUUUCCGUGCCAGAUCCCUGGCCCUGUUUUUGCCUCUGAUGAGAGAAUAAUUAACUAAAGACUCAUUUUCCAGGGUUUCCUUCCCAUUAUUCCGGCCAAGUGAAAAUAUUCACAGGGCUGCUGUGGGGUGGAGCCACUCCUUGAGGGAGGAGCUGCUCACUGGGAGAGCCAGAGUCAGGGUGUUCAUGGCCAGCAGAGGAGAGGUACUCCUUGGGAGGGAGCCUAGUGUGAACCUGGACACUGAGCCCAGGGAGGGGAAAGUGGCCAGGGCAGAUCCAGUGUGUGUGGCAAGUUCUUGCUCUCUCUGGGCCGUUGCUUCCUCCUUUGUAAACAGAUAGGUUCGUGCUAGAAUUGAGUCCUUCCCACAAGGCUUCUUCUGCAGGUGAACUGGUAACACUCCAAACAAAACCGAGGCUCCUUAAGGCUGGGAAAGGAACUAGGUUACGUAGGUAAACUGGUUUCUUUACUGCAGGGACUUUUCAGGGGUUGUGGUCAACCUUGUUUCCUUGGGUGAGUGAUGCAUCUAAUUCGGAAAGUAUGGGUGGGUUUGGGGACCUACACAUCUUCCCCUCCGUGUUCUCUUAACCCUGAUCUCUCCACCCUGAGGGCACGUUCCAGUGCCCAGAGAACUGCUACCACGUGAGUGCAGGACCUUAUUGUGGGAGUGAGCACUAGUCUCUAAGGCAGAGGGGAGGAGUUCUGAGGCUGCCUUUUCAAACAUAAUUGAUUUUAACCACAAAACCCUCCUCAGUUAUCUCUUGGACCCUGGUCUGGAGGAACAGCAAUGCAAGCACCCUGGUCCCCAGGUGCCUUUAACUUUACCCAGGAAAAGAGGUGCAGCCAGUCUGGAUGCCUGCAGGGACUGACUCCCUUCUCUGGAAUGGUGCCCAUGACCCCUCCCCUUGGCUGCCCACACAGGCUGUCCUGAGCUUGGUGGAAGAUGCAAGCUCUUGGCAGUGUGUUCGGGAACACGGAGACUAUGGAGGGGCACUUGUCCGGGUCACUGGCAGAUAAGAGGCCUAGCUGGGAACAGGAUGCAACGAUUCCGACACUGAGCUACAGAGGCUCACAGCUGACCCGGAUCUUUCAAGUGCUUGGACACAGGGUGUUUGUGGGAGGGAGGAAGAGAGAGGCAUGUGAGUAGUCUGUCUCCGGUCAAAGUCCUGCCCAACACUGGGCCAUUAUCCCAGAAGAUGGACACAUGUGGAAGUUCUGCCGGCUCCUGAGGUCCCUGUCCCACACUUUACAGCUAUUUCCUGAAAGAUGGACAUGAAUUAUGCCCAGACUCCGAGGACGCGGCCAUGCAGGGCCGGGCGGACGCGGCCGAGGCCGACGAGGAGGCUGGGGCGGGCUCCGGGUCGGAGGCCGAAGAGGACGCGCUAUGGGAGCGGAUCGAGGGCGUCCGGCACCGGCUGACCCGCGCCCUGAACCCGGCCAAGCUCACGCCUUAUCUGCGCCAGUGCCGCGUCUUGGACGAGCAAGACGAGGAGGAGGUGCUCAGCACCUACCGUUUUCCGUGCCGCGCUAACCGUACCGGGCGUCUCAUAGACAUUUUACGCUGCCGGGGCAAGAGGGGCUUCGAGGCCUUCCUGGAAGCGCUGGAAUUCUACUACCCAGAACACUUCACGCUGCUCACUGGCCAGGAACCUGCCCAGCGCUGCUCCAUGAUACUUGAUGAGGAGGGGCCAGAGGGCCUGACUCAGUUCUUGAUGACUGAAGUCCGGAGGCUUCGGGAAGCUCGAAAGAGCCAGCUGCACCGAGAACAGCAACUGCAGGCCCGGGGCCGGGCACUGGAGGAGGAGCGGGCAGGGUUAGAGCAGCGGCUUCGGGAGCAGCAGGCGGCACAGGAACGCUGCCAGCGGCUGAGGGAGGACUGGGAGGCGGGCAGCCUGGAGCUGCUGCGCCUCAAGGAUGAGAACUACAUGAUUGCCAUGCGCCUGGCUCAGCUCAGCGAGGAGAAGAACUCGGCUGUGCUGCGUAGCCGAGACCUGCAGCUUGCGGUAGAUCAGCUCAAGCUCAAAGUCAGCCGAUUGGAGGAAGAGUGUGCGCUACUGAGGAGGGGCAGGGGCCCACCGCCUGGGGCUGAAGAGAAGGAGAAGGAGCCAGACGGUGUGGAUCUUCUCUCAGAGCUUCGGGCAGAGAACCAGCGACUGACAGCUUCACUGCAGGAGCUCCAGGAAGGUCUUCAGCAGGAAAUGAGCCGGCCAGGAGCUGCAGGCUCUGAACGCAUUCUGCUGGACAUCCUGGAGCAUGACUGGAGGGAGGCACAGGACAGCAGGCAGGAGCUGUGUCAGAAGCUUCACGCUGUGCAGGGCGAGCUACAGUGGGCAGAAGAACUGCGGGACAAGUACCUGCAGGAGAUGGAGGAUCUGAGGCUCAAACAUCGAACGCUGCUGAAGGACUGUGACCUCUAUAAGCACCGCAUGGCCACUGUGUUGGCCCAGCUGGAGGAGAUUGAGAAAGAGCGGGACCAGGCAAUCCAGAGCCGAGACCGGAUCCAGUUGCAGUACUCUCAGAGCCUCAUUGAGAAGGAUCAGUACCGCAAGCAGGUGCGGGGACUAGAGGCGGAACGCGAUGAGCUGCUCACCACAGUCACCAGCCUGGAGGGGACCAAGGCCAUGCUGGAGGCACAGCUACAGCGGACACAGGGGGGUUCCAGUCUCAAGGCUUGUGCCUCCUCCCACUCCCUGUGCUCCAACCUCAGCAGCACCUGGAGCCUCAGCGAGUUCCCAUCACCACUGGGAGGCCCAGAAGCUACAGGAGAAACCGGGGGAUCUGAGCCCCACACCUCGGAGGAAGCCACAGACAGUGAGAAGGAGAUCAACCGGCUCUCUAUCCUGCCCUUUCCACCCAGUGCUGGCUCCAUACUCCGCCGGCAGCGUGAGGAAGACCCGGAGCCCCCUAAGAGGUCUUUUAGCAGCAUGUCGGAUAUCACAGGGAGUGUGACCCUUAAGCCCUGGUCGCCCGGCCUCUCUUCAUCAUCGUCAUCUGACAGUGUGUGGCCUUUGGGAAAGCCGGAAGGCCUCCUGGCCCGGGGUUGUGGCCUGGACUUCCUCAAUAGUUCCAUACUGAGGUGGGACCCAGCGGUAUCUUCUCCUGAAGCCUCUUCUGAACCUCUGUGCCCCUCCCUUGCAGCCGCUUCUAGAUUAGAGGCUAAUGGAUGCUCCCUCCUGGAAUUGUCUCUGGCCAUCCGAGUGUCCGGCUGGAGUCCCUCUGGGGGCCUGGACCCCCAGGAUAAGAGUCCAGAUAGCCUGCCGAUCCUUGGGGACAGAUGGUCUGGGGCAGUGGUGCGAAGGGUGUUGUCGGGGCCUGGUUCCGCCAGGACAGAACAGAAAGAGCCAAGGGCAGAAGGCAGUGGCCUGGAGGGGACAGGCCUGGAAGCUGAGGUCCAGCAGAGGACUUUACCUUGGAACCAGAGCUCCACCCUCCCCUUCCUGCUGGACUCAAAGGCCUGUCAGUCCUUCCAUGAGGCCUUGGAUGUCUGGGCAAAAGGGCCAGGUGCAGAACCCUUCUACAUUCGAGCCAACUUCUCCUUGCCUGAGCGGGCAGAUCCGCAUGCCCUCUGUGUGAAAGCCCAAGAGAUCCUGCGGUUGGUGGACCCAGCCUACAAGCGGAGGCAGGAGUGGUUCUGCACUCGAGUGGACACCCUUACCUUACGGGACCUGGACCGGGGCACUGUGCCCAAUUAUCAGAGAGCUCAGCAACUUCUAGAAGUCCAGGAAAAAUACCUGAUCUCCAGCAGACACCGAAGUCCUCGAAGCAAUCUGAAGAAGCGAGCCCUGGGGCUGGUGAGGCCCAAGCCUGCAGGGGGCACUGCAGGAGACUCAGCGGAACAGCUACCUGCAGACCCCUGCUCAGAGCUAGAGCGAAGCCUAAAACCCUACAGCCUGGUGCGGCCACUGUUGGUGUCUGCUCUGAGGCCUGUGGUGCUCCUGCCUGAGUGCCUGGCACCUCGCCUUAUCCGCAAUCUGCUGGAUCUGCCCAGCUCCAGGCUGGAUUUCCAAGUGUGCUCUGCGGAAAGUCUCUCUGGAGAGGAGCAGUGUACAUCCUCGGCUCCCGGAGCCCCCAAAGCCUGGCCUGCCAGUGCUGGGCUGGGUAGCAGGAUCCGUGCCAUCCAGGAGUCUGUUGGGAAGAAGCACUGUCUGCUGGAGCUGGGUGCACGGGGAGUACGGGAGUUGGUGCACAGCGAGGUCUACCCCAUUGUCAUCCAUGUGGAGGUGACUGAGAAGAAUGUCCGUGAGAUCAGGAGCCUGUUGGGCAGGCCAGGCUGGCGGGAUUCAGAGCUGCUCCGUCAGUGCCGGGGCUCAGAACAGUGGCUCUGGGGACUGCCGUGUUCCUGGGUGCAGGUGCCUGCCCAUGCGUGGGGCCAUGCAGAGGAGCUGGCCAAGGUGGUUCGUGGCCGAAUCUUGCAGGAACAGGCUCGCCUUGUGUGGGUGGAACGAGGCAGCAGCAGAGGGGGCAGUGGCAGCAGCAGUGAGGCCUGAGGAUCCAUGCGAUGCCCAGUCUCCCCCAACCACUAUCUAGAGCGCCUCCAUCAGAUGCCUGGGCCUUCUCCAGCCGGUGCUGGACACUCACCAUUAAUACAUGGACUCACCCUGUGCUGGAGGGGCAGCCACCUGAGGAGACCCUGUGUCUUCAGUGGAAUCAGAUCUUCCCCAGCUGUGGCCUUCCUUGUCCCCUCCAUGGACUCUCCAAUGUGGGACCUCGGUCCCAGGCUCUCACCGCAGUCUGUCACUGACUCUGCACAGGCUGUAGGAGCCCACAUACCUGUCCCUGACCUGCUGCUCUGGGUCUUCCCAUAUUUCCGUUUGUGGGUCUUAUGUGUGUGUCUGUGCCCUUACACACUCACCCUGGAAUAGAGUUCUCACACCACUGUUCAAAUUUGCACACAUGUCCUCAUGGAUCUCCAGUUUGGUUCCUCCACCUGGGUGUGCCAGGUCACUGGGGUCCUCAGCCUGGGUCUGUGUACCCAGCCUUGCCCAGCACCACGCGGCUCUACUGUCCUCUGGCAUUUCCUGUGUAUGUUGUCAUGCAGAUACCACGGCUGCCCUAGUCAGCUCCUACCCUUAUGUCUUUUCAUGUGUGUCGUCUCUUACCCUGUGUAAACAUCACUGUCCUUGUGACACCAGCACUAACCACGGUGUGCUCUGCUUGGCACACCAGGACAUGUUCUCUCAGUUGACUUUUUGUUCUCCACCAGCCUCUAGGAGGCCAGGGUGGUGGUGCUGCUAGGCCACCCGAAUGUUAGGCUUGUGGGUAAUUCCCAGGCCUUGUCAUUCAAGCUGCACACAGUGAGUCAUUAAAGUUUGUCAUAGAA